UCGGCCGUAGCGUCAACAACUGUGACCAUACUCAGAUCUAGUCUAACCGGACGCAAUGUGGUCGGCACUCCAACAUGCCAAGCAGGCGGCGUGCGGCUUCGCGCGGCGACACAAGAAGCUAUUGAUCGUGACGGGCGUAGGCGCAGCAUGUGCUGGAGGCGCUUAUUACGCCUACAGACGCAUGAUGAGUGAGGCGGAGCGCUUCACGCAACAGAUCCAGUUGCAAAUGGCUGAGCAUCAGCGACUACAACUGGCAUUGGGAUCCACGGCGGACGAGAGCCGCGCGACGGUGCGUCGUUUCCUUCCAAGGCUCAAGACGCGACUGUAUCAGUUGUUGGACCUGGAGAGCGUCGUGCAGGAGCUUAAGACACUGGACAAAACGCAAAAGAGUAAACGCAAUGCGCUCUGGGAGGACGCCAAGCUGCUGGCCUUCACACGCUACCUGACAGCACUCGUAGCCUUCGGAUUGUGGCAUUUGCUAGUGUUCGCGCAGGUUUCCAUCAUUGGCAAACGGGUCUUUGAAAAGAGCAAGAGCUUGGAGCUUUCCGACAGACAGAAACAGAGAGAAGAGGCCGAGGAGCAAGCACACCACGCCUUCCUGACCUCAGGGCUCGAAUACUUUUUAGAUGAAGCGUUGGGCAAAAUUAAGGCCCACGUGGAAGCUGUGGUGAAGGAGAACAAGCAGUUGCAGGCCUGGAAAGUCAGUCGCAAGGCUGCAGUCACAGCCGACGAGCUCAAUGAGCUGCUACAGGCGCUGUUCUUGGCGGUAUUACCAUCUCCCGCUGCUGUCGCUGCGGCGGAGAAGCAGGAAGACUCGGCAGAGCUGCACAAGUGGCGGGAAUUCUUGAUCUAUCCGGACAAGCAACAGGGUCAGGACGAACACGUGAUCAGUCUCCUUAAUGACUUGUGGGACCUGCUGGAGAGCGAUCUCUUCAUGCCUGCGUUGCAGCACAGCUUGGGCUUCCUGUGUGGCAACGCCUUCCAGGAUCUUGAUGACGUCGUCUACGGACCGAGUAAACCUGAACCGCAAGUUGUAGAAGACAAUGCAGAGCCACCGAAGAAGAAGCCGGCACCCCCUCUUGCAAAGCUAAUCCCGUGUCUCCAGGCCGAGAUGAACAAGCUCUUGCUGUCUUCGGGGCCAGAUAGCUAUGCAGCCAAAUACUCACAGGGUGUGGGUGAGAUGGAGGCAUUCCGCAACUUUUACGAGGCAAUCUUUUUCGAACAGAGCGCGCAAGACCCGUACAUGGGAUCAACGCUCAUUUAGAACUCAGUCAGUUCACUAGUGGCCUGGAAUGCAACAGGCAACUUAUGCAACACGACGAAGUAAAUAAACAAACUGAAGUCGAGAUAGCAAAAGUGCAUACUCUAUUUUUUUUUUCUUAGCAAAAAUCCACUCAUUUUUAAUGUAAAUUGCAUGCAAGCCCGUUUCUUGGCGU